UGGGGCUGUGUGAAAACUUCUUUGGGCCUCUCAGACAACCACAGAACCACAAGUUGGGUAGCCUGGCAGUGUCAGAAGGCUGAGCCCAGUGUAGUGGUCAGCAGGCAGGACGAUUCACUCUGAGUGCAAACCACAGGCUAUCGCCGAGUGGCGCGCAUCAUCAACCCACAGCCUGGGCUGCGCUUUUCCGGUUUUUCUCGUGAACAAUUUGAAUAUUUGUUUUCACCAAGGUAAAAGACAUCCUUGAACCCCGCCUUCGGCUGAGGGUGCAUUUCGCGGGAGGAAGCCAUGGCUUCAGAGAGCAUAUUUGAGUCAUUUCCUUCGUACCCAGAGUGCUUCAUGAGAGAUGCCAGCACAAGCCGCCGCUUCACGCCGCCUUCCACCGCGCUGAGCCCGGGCAAGAUGAGCGAGGCGCUGCCGCUCGGCGCCCCGGACGCCGGCGCCGCCCUGGCCGGCAAGCUGAGGAGCGGCGACCGCAGCAUGGUGGAGGUGCUGGCCGACCACCCGGGCGAACUGGUGCGCACCGACAGCCCCAACUUCCUCUGCUCCGUGCUGCCCACGCACUGGCGCUGCAACAAGACCCUGCCCAUCGCUUUCAAGGUGGUGGCUCUGGGGGAUGUCCCAGAUGGCACCCUGGUCACCGUGAUGGCUGGCAAUGACGAGAACUACUCAGCAGAGCUGAGAAAUGCCACCGCUGCCAUGAAGAACCAAGUUGCAAGAUUCAAUGACCUCAGGUUUGUCGGUCGCAGUGGGAGAGGCAAGAGCUUCACCCUGACCAUCACCGUCUUCACAAACCCGCCGCAAGUCGCCACCUACCACAGGGCCAUCAAGAUCACGGUGGAUGGACCCCGGGAACCCCGAAGACAUCGUCAGAAACUAGAUGAUCAGACCAAGCCUGGGAGCUUGUCUUUUUCCGAGCGCCUCAGUGAACUGGAGCAGCUGCGGCGCACAGCCAUGAGGGUCAGCCCACACCACCCAGCCCCCACGCCCAACCCUCGGGCCUCCUUGAACCACUCCACUGCCUUUAACCCUCAGCCUCAGGGUCAGAUGCAGGAUACAAGACAGAUCCAGCCGUCCCCACCGUGGUCCUAUGAUCAGUCCUACCAGUACCUGGGCUCCAUCGCCUCUCCUUCCGUGCACCCAGCAACGCCCAUUUCACCUGGACGUGCCAGCGGCAUGACGACCCUCUCCGCAGAACUUUCCAGUCGGCUCUCAACAGCGCCCGACCUGACGUUCAGCGAUCCGCGCCAGUUCCCCGCUCUGCCCUCCAUCUCAGACCCUCGCAUGCACUACCCAGGCGCCUUCACCUACUCCCCGACGCCCGUCACGUCGGGCAUCGGCAUCGGCAUGUCGGCCAUGAGCUCGGCCACGCGCUACCACACGUACCUGCCGCCGCCCUACCCCGGCUCGUCGCAGGCGCAGGGAGGUCCGUUCCAGACCAGCUCGCCCUCCUACCACCUGUACUACGGCGCCUCGGCCGGCUCCUACCAGUUCCCCUUGGUGGGCGGCGAGCGCUCGCCGCCACGCAUCCUGCCGCCCUGCACCAACGCCUCCACCGGCUCGGCCCUGCUCAACCCCAGCCUUCCGAACCAGAGCGACGUGGUGGAGGCCGAGGGCAGCCACAGCAACUCGCCCACCAACAUGGCACCUGCCGCGCGCCUGGAGGAGGCCGUGUGGCGGCCCUACUGAGGGACAGCGGCCAGCUGGGAUCGUCCGACGCGACACUGACCAGGGAAGAGCUGCGGGGAGACCCGCCUGGGCCCGCCGCUGCCAUCACCGUCACCUGGGGACCCCGCUCCAGGCCGGGCACCCCUGCGCUACGCCGCUGUCGCCCCUGGCACUUCGCAGGUUUUCAAACCUGACCCAGUUUGAGGGUGUCCACCAGACCGCCGCCAGCGUGUGGACACGUGGCAAAGGAAACAGGAAGAUUCCCGGAGGGAAACUGUGAAUGCUUCUGAUUUAGCAAUGCUGUGAAUAAAAGAAAGAUUUUAUACCCUUGACUUCACUUUUUAACCAAGUCGUUUCUUCCAAAGAGUAUGGAAUUUUGGUUGGGGAGGGAGGGCCGCGGAGGGAUGCAACUCGUCCUGUUUGACAUCUAACUCUGUUUUUGUUUUUUUUUGUUUUUUUCCUUUUCCGCACCUUAUCAAUGGCAAAAUGCGUAUUUGCAUUUGGGUGGUUUUUUAUAUACACAGAUACAAAUUUGAGCUUGCUUCUUUCUUGCCUUGACAAUUGAAAAAACUAUAUGAUUUCCUUCUCUGUUUUAUUUAACUUUUCUUUGGACUGGUGUGUAGCUGUGUCUUUUUUUUCUUUUUUUCGAGACAGCUACAGCUUUGGGUCAUUUUUAACUACUGUAUUCCCACGAGGAAUCCCUAGAUAUUUAUGUAUCUUGAUGUUCAGACAUUUACUUACGUGUUGAUACUUUUUUUAAUUAUUUAAAUGUACUUAUAUUAACAAAAAAAAUCAAGUACUACAUUCUUUUCUUUUGUUUGUGAGAGAAGCCAGAGUUAAAUGUGUCACAUCGAAGAAGGCUGGGAAAAAAAAGGAUGGCGAAUGUGAUCACUUGGUUAUCUAGAAAUAUUGUUUACAUUAAACUCCCUUUUAUGUUAAUUAAACAAGUUGGUCACUAAUGCAGCAAUGUUUUUAAAUCGGAUUUUUAGACACUGAGAGUCACUCCAAAGAUCAGAAGUAUGGAAUUUUCUGGUAAGCUCUGCAAAGGGUCUGAUAUCUGGCUCCUUCCCUUCAAACGGCGAAGGUCAAGUCUGGUCCCAGGGGGCUCAGACAGGUGCCAGUGAUUAUGUGUUCUGCGGAGGAUUCAGUUUCUCCCAAGGGAUUUGCUCGCUGCGAGGCCUUUGGUGAUUUCUGACAUGCUUUGUAAGGGAAGACAUCCCAAGUGGAGCGCUGUUGACAGAGGAGCCAAAUUAGUGGAUGG